UGUCUAAAUUAAUUUACCGUUGGGGUAUAAGUGUAUAUUUAUCUCUUUUGAUAAAACAUUAAGUGUUAUUUUGGCCAUUUUUAUUCUUAAAAACUAUAUUUGUGACAAAAACUUUUUUAGUGCUAUCAUAGUCAUUUUCUCUUUCAUAAAUGCUGAAACCAUUAAUUGGAGAUUUUUUUUUUUUUUUUUUUUUUUUUUUUUUUGGUAACUCUGGUAUCUGGGCAGCCACAUUCUCAACUAUCCCCCGUAGGGGGUCCAGCGCCCCAACGGAAGGGAUGUUAAAUCCGUUGUGGCCAAAAAACCCGGGUGGCGGGCAGUACAGCUGUACCUCCUUUACCACCAAGCCACGAGCGCUUGGUUUAAUUGGAGUAUUUAAUUCCACUAAAGAGUUCUCGUGAACAUACCACAAACUUUGUACCUAUGGUGAAGUAUGUGUGUGUGUGACCAUUAUACAGACAAAAUCUGAAAUAUGCAAGUGCGAAAAUUCACAAAACAUAGUUGCUUGUGGUUCUUCUCCUGGUAAAAACCAAACUCUGCCUUACGUAAAGUUGCCAGAGUACGAUUAACCUCGGAAUUUGAAAUCACUGCUUAUAUACAAAUAGUUAUACAUCCAUUACACUGCAUUCUCUAGAGACCAACUGAAGAAGGUUUACGUGCAACACAAGAUCCGAGAGAUGAGGAAGGAAGUUUGUGAUUUGCUAUGCAAUGGAGCCGCCGUUUACGUGGCGGGAUCGUCCACGAAAAUGCCUUGUGAUGUGAUGUCGGCUUUGGAGGAGAUUGUGAUGGAGGAGACCGGAGGAUCAAAGGAAAUGGCUUCACGGUGGCUCAAGGCUUUGGAGAAAGCUGGGAGAUACAGUGUCGAAGCUUGGUCUUAAUCCCAACUUCCUCCAUAUCAUGUAAUGUUUGAUUACUAGUUAUAAGAAUCAUUGGAUUGUUAUUUAAAUUGAUUUUAUAUCCACAUUGAACGGUUCAAGUGAAGAUAAUUUGUUUGAUUGUAUGCAUUUAGAACUUAUGUAUAACUUAAUUUUAAUUUUUUAUAUAAUGAAUGGUUUUUACCUUUUUUCAUUUUUCUUUUUUGGUAAAAAUGUUAAAAUUUUAUACCAUUUUCAGUUUUUUACAGAAUUUACAAAGAGACACUAGUAGCUGAGAAAGGAAAAAAAAAAUCUAAACAACACAGGGAAGAAGAAGAAAAAUCAACAUCAAGAGACCUAAAGAACAAUCAAACAAUCUUAACUCAUAGAACUAAGAAGCAUAGCAGAAGUUAAAGGUUGACCAAAUGAAUGCAUUGCCAAAUGGAGAUGACACUUGAUGAAAUAUGAGACCACUCUGCAACAGAAAUUGGCUUGCCUGCUAACGCUGCUCCAAAUGAUUGAUGCCAUCUCUGGAUAGCUUUGCAAACCUCAGUCGAAGAAACUCAAUCCUCCAACCACCACCAGCAGUAGAAAAUUGAGUUUCAAGAACUCCUACCACUACUUUUACCAAAAAGCUCUAGUUGCGCCCACUGGGAAGUUCCACCUAAAUCUCCAAAAGUUACCAUUAUUCGGUUCGGCUUCAGAACUAAUGCGAACCAUACCGUAAACCGGGUGCAGUGAGAGCCACAUUCUGAUGUUGUUCUUCCAAACCUACAAUUAGACUAUGGAUAAGCCCACCAUUGUGAACCAAAAGAUUCAACACUGGUGCUGGGAUGACAUAUCCAAACAUGAGGUUCCCUCGACGAACUGUCCCUCCCAUGACCCACAAGAGGUUAAGAAACGCCGCCUCACGCUAAGCACGAGAACCGGAACUAGUUCCAAGAGCAACGCCAAAGCUACGCCAACGUGGGAGAGCCGGUGAGCAACUCCGACGAACCGGAAAGGAAGACCCUCCAAAAAUAAACAACCGAUGCAAAACGAACACCAAAAGCGACGAAGACCGAGAGUGACAAGUUGGAGCAACCGCCGGAGGAGACCAAGAACAGGUCAUAGACGGCCCGCCUCAACUACGAGAACGGCAGCGGUACACGAACAACACAGCAGCUGUAGCUACUACACAGCAGCCAACACAACCACGAGCUCGUCUCCGGAGAAUCUCUGAAGCCCAACAGAACCGGAGAAGGUAGGAGGUCUCACCUACUCGACGCCAAGAAAACGAAACCACCUACGCCAGAAAACUCCUCACCAACCUGAAGCAAGACACCAAGCCACCGAAUCUAGAGAGGAGACAUCCACACACGACCACACGCUCCCACCGCCACAGAGGAAACAGAUUUAGAAAUUGAUAACCUAGAUCUACUCCACUCCGCAACCCAAAAUCCGACUUCACCGCCAGUAUACCCAAGUACCAACCUCGUCUCGACACCACCACUCCGCCAAGAGAUACCUGAAGGUCACUCACCGAGGUAGAGAUUCCUCCGUUUCUGCUCAGCUUCAUCACAACAGGGCCAGAAACAUAUCAGCAGGGAAGGAUGGACCAGUGAGGAAGCAAGAGAUAGAAAGGAAAAAAAAAAAAAGACGCCUCCGGCUGCGGAGAACCACCAGAGCAACCGGAGGAAAGACGAGCUUUUUUUUUUUGAGAGAGAGUUUGGAGAGAGAAAAAGGAGUUUUUUAAAAGCAAUAAAAAAACUUCACCUUUUUUUCAUUUUAACUAGGGUUUGUUUGAAUAAAUCAUUCACCGAAUAAUACAUGAUUUCAAUAUGUAUUUUUAACUAGGGUUAUCAACUUAUGUUUUAGAUGCUGAGCCUCUGCAAAUAUGAUCACAUUCAUGCAUAUAUAUAUGUGGAUACCAAUUUUACUUCACGUGACUAUACUUUACAGUAUAUGUUUUAGCAGACUUCCUGUUGUGGAAAAACAAGAAAUAGAAACAGCAAGUAAAUUUAAAACAUAGUUGAUAUGAGAAUUGAGAAAAUUCGCCAAUAAGAGAUACAUGACAAAGGCCCGUGACCAGCAGAGUUGCUUGCUUUGUUUUUAUUUUACUAGUGUUGUGAAUGAAGAAGGGAACUUGUGUUAUUAUUACUGUCGACCAGAAGGUCCAUAUAUAUACAAGGUAUUAGACCGUCAUAAGGUCAUGUUUAUCCUAACAAGAUAAGGAUAAGGAUAAACACUAUGUUACAGAUAUACAUGGAAUAUAUACUAGAUAAACACAUAGUCUCUGGUUGUCUUUAUCAUGUCUCGGAUUGGGCCUGCAGUACGGGCUGGUCCAUGGUCGAUCAUCAUUUGGUUUAUAACACUCCCCCUUGAUCGACACAUCCGGUACAGGUUCGUUGCAUGCUUAAUGUUGCCUCAUUAAAACCUCUCCUGAAAAACUCCAAAACCAAUGUGGCAAAAUGGGAAACCAAGGACAGGAAAAAGAGUACAACACAUGAACUCCCCCAGAUGAAUGCAUCACUGUAGUAGACGCAUUCCCAUCUGGUAUCCGAGUCUUCUUGAACGUUGAAGUUGCCUAUGACUUGGUGAAGAUGAUUAGCUGGAUUCUCCUUGAAUGAACUUGUAAGUCUUGGACGUUGGUAUGUCUUUUGGAACUCCAUUAAGAUGUGGUCAGGAUGUACAUCUUUGCUGCUGAUCACUCCAUGUCUUGGUUGAACUGAUGGUGCUUCAAACGGUGCUCGGAUGGACUUUAUAAUCUGCAAUAAAACUUUACUUGCAGGUCCUUUUUCAUGUCCCACGGAUUCUCUUUGGUUAUAUGGCUUUCCCAAAAUGUGGACAUUCAAUAUAUAUUGAGUCAUAGACCCAGAACACAUACGAACAACUUUACU